AUGACGAACGUAUAUUCCUUGGAUGGGAUCCUGGUGUUUGGUUUGCUGUUUGUUUGCACCUGUGCCUACUUCAAGAAGGUGCCUCGCCUCAGGACCUGGCUGCUCUCAGAAAAAAAGGGAGUCUGGGGUGUGUUCUACAAAGCUGCUGUGAUUGGAACCAGACUGCAUGCUGCUGUGGCAAUUGCCUGCAUUGUGAUGGCAUUUUACGUUUUGUUUAUAAAAUGAACUCUAAGAAGUCCAAACCGCCAACUGCCAAUCAAGGGGCCUGGGGCAAGAGGCCUCUCAGGGACUUAUGCCCCCUGUAGAAGA